AUGAACCAAAGCACACGCCGCCCCGGCGAACCCCCAGACCCGCAAGAACAAGAGCUGGAUGAAGAGAUCCGCGCCCUCCGCGCGGAGAUUCAAACCCACAAGAACCGCAAAAGAAUUCUAAGCACCGCCCUCCUCUCAACACCAACAAUCCAAUCUCACCUCCAAAAACCGACCACCCUCCGCACCCUAAAAGAAGACCUCUCCCCACUAGCCACGGCAGCAGGAAACCACUCAGUAACAAACCACCACCGCAUCGCCUUCGGUGCAACCGCCUUCCCCUUCAAAGACCCCUCGCCCUCCGCGCCCGACGAGAAUCUCCUCGGCGUGCGGAUCGACGUCUGCGCCCGAAACGGCCGCUUCGCGAAGCCGUACUACGUCCUCCUGAAGCGGGAGCGUGCGCACGGAGAGAAGGGGAAGAGGUUUAGGGUGUAUCGUCAUACAAUUCCUACGUUUAUUUCAGUGGGCAGGUUGGAGGGGGUAUAUUUGUCAUUUCCUUCGAGCGAGGGGGAAUCUGAUGAGGAGGAGGGGCCGUUGAAGGUGUUAAAGGCUGGUGCUAGGAAGCAGGAUUUACGCGGUUUUGUGCGCGAGCUUAGGAGGGAAGUUGUGGCGUGGCAUGUUAGGACUGAUGCGGUUGAGUCUUUGCGUGAGAAGUUGGGGCUUGGUAUGGAGGAUGGGGAGUCUGCUCAGUCCCCGGUGAAUAGUCUCGGGAUUGUUUCGCUGGAGGCGACUGCGAUUGAAGCGCGGUAUGUGCGCAUGGAAUACGAAGAUGGUCGUGUUGGGCGGUUUAAGCUGUCUAAUUCUGGGAUUGUGGAAAGGGCGAUUUUUAUGAAUGAUCAUGGGCGGGAUAAGAAGGUUGAGAAUGCGAUGGUUGGCCAGGGUGGGCGCGUUGAGACACUUUUCGAUCGGUUGAAGAGUGUGUCGACUUAG